AAAAAAAAAGGGGAGGAGGGAAGAUUUUCAGAAUAUAUGUUCUUCCCUUACUUUGCAUCAAACCCAGCUUUUAUUAUAUAUAUUAUAAAUAAUCUAUAUAUUUAUAUAUAUUUCUUCUGUCCAUAUUAAUUUUCUUCCUUAAGCCCAUCCAAAACCAAAUCCUCUAAUGAAGCUUAUAUUCCCUUUUGUCAGCAAGAGUCCAUUUAUCUUGACCCACGUUUCAAGCAUUAAAUUUUGUGAGAAUACAAGUUUUGAUACCAUUCCCUGUCCAAAGGGUACUCCCUAGCUAAUAAUCACUAUAUAUAUCCAAAUUAAUUCAAACCAUAUUCACAUUAAGAAAUAACCAAAGUUAGCUCUCUCUUUCUCUCAUUAUUUGAAUUUUUAUAGAUACUUUUGGAAUAUAUAUUAGAAAGAGAUAAACCUCAAGGAUAAGCCACCCACCACAGUGGAAUAUGUUGUGAUUAAGCUAAGUAAUAUUAGCUAAGGGAAGAGGGUUUGGUUUUCCCCUUAUCUCUACAUAUCUUUCUUUGGUUGUUUUGUGUUGUAUAAUAUUAAUUAUAGUAUAGUAGUAGUAUAAAUAGUUGAAGAGGGGGUUUGGGUUAUGGCAACAUCGGUACUAGAAAAAACCUUUGGUCCUAUCAUAUCUUCACUUGCUUAUUGCUUCUAUCUCUUUCGAGAUACCAAUAGUGUUCACUACAAAAGCGUCGGCCAUCACCCCCACACCCACCACCAACACCAUCACCACCACAACAAAAUGCCCAAGAAGGGUCGUCCUCUUUCUUUGCAGACUGUGGAUCUUAAAGUGAGAAUGUGUUGCACCGGCUGUGAACGUGUAGUCAAAAGUGCCAUUCUUAAACUUAGAGGGAUUGACUCGGUAGAGGUAAACCUAGAGCUUGAGAGGGUGACAGUGGUGGGAUAUGUUGACCGGAACAAGGUGUUAAAGGCGGUGAGGAGGGCGGGGAAGAGGGCGGAGUUCUGGCCUUACCCCGAUCCACCGCUCUACUUCACUUCCACAAGUGAUUAUUUCAGAGACACCACAAAUGAGUUCAAGGAAAGCUAUAACUACUACAAGCAUGGCUACAACAUUGGCGACAAACAUGGUCGAAUUCCUGUCACUCAGAGGGGAGACGACAAGGUCAGCAACAUGUUCAACGACGACAACGUUAAUGCUUGUUCUCUCAUGUAAUAUAACUAUAUGUAUAUGUAUGGUGAUGUGUAUGUUCUUUUAUAUAUUAUCAUCACCCCAUGAACACAUUUAUAUGUGUAUAAUAUAUGCAUGCACGUGUUAUGUACUUAAUUUAUAGUAAUUAAGUAUUUUGUGUCAUAUAUAUAUUUAUAUAAGGGUGGACAAAUUUGAAUUA